AUGUGCACUGGCGGGCCGGUAGUCUCCCACGCCCGCGCGCCCGCCCUUACUACGCGCCCGAUACCAGCCAGUGUUUUUGUUUUGCCAGCAGCCGCCCGCCGCCGCGCCGUCCCGACCGAGGGGGCGGAAUUUCGAGGAUACAGAAUUCGAUACUAUGCAUUUUGUUUCGCAACCGAUCGAAAUUUGCCCGACGAAAAUCGAGGACCAAGUCAAGGUCAAGGUAUCCUCUUCCCUGAAGAGUUCAAAGCCUUCUUUCUCUUUCUGGUCGCGUCUGAUGAUCGUGGUUGGUGGUCGUCGUUCGAGCACGAA